AUGGACGAGCGAAUUGCAAUCAUAGGCACGGCUUGCCGAUUCCCAGGCUCAGCAAACAAUCCCUCCAAACUCUGGGACCUCCUACGGGAGCCAAAAGAUGUUGUCCGCGAAUAUCCCCCUGAAAGACUCAACUUUUCGAACUUUUACAAUGAAGAUGGCGAGUCUCACGGUCGAACAGAUGUACAGAAGCGAUCCUACCUCUUGCAAGAAGAUGUUAGACUCUUUGAUGCACCUUUCUUCCGUGUUAAUCCAAAAGAAGCUUCUGGAAUGGAUCCUCAGCACCGUAUUCUCUUGGAAGUGGUUUACGAGGCCUUCGAAGCAGCAGGUCUACCACUUCACGUGGUCAAUGGCUCACAGACCUCCGUACAUGUUGGCAGUAUGACCGAUGAUUACUACACCAUCCAGGCUCGUGACCCUGAUACAAUGGACAGCCAUGCAGCUACCGGCCUGUCUCGCAGUAUCUUGUCCAAUCGAGUCUCCUAUACAUUUGACCUCAAGGGACCGUCUAUGACCAUUGACACUGCAUGCUCGAGCUCACUUGUCGCCCUACAUUUGGCAGUCCAGAGUCUUCGAAAGGGAGAGGCGACUCAAGCCGUUGUGGCUGGUGUCAAUUUGCUCCUCGACCCCCAUUGGUUUAUCACCGAGUCUUCUCUGCAUAUGCUAUCCCCCGACUCUCGCUCACGCAUGUGGGAUAAGAGCGCAAAUGGAUAUGCCCGUGGAGACGGCUGCGCCGCCGUGGUACUAAAGCCUCUCAGCCAAGCCAUUCGAGAUGGUGACUAUAUUGAAUGUAUAAUUCGAGAAACCGGUGUCAACUCGGAUGGUACUACCAAUGGUAUCACUAUGCCAAGUCCAACCGCACAAGCUGCUCUUAUAAGGCAGACUUACAAAAAUGCUGGUCUAGAUAUCGUAAAAGAUCGCUGCCAAUACUUUGAAUGCCAUGGUACUGGCACGCAGGCUGGUGACCCGGUUGAAGCUCGAGCUAUUCGAGAUGCAUUUUUCCCAAGUGAAACUACAAGCGAGAACGUCCCCAUGUACUGUGGUUCAAUCAAGACAAUUAUUGGUCAUCUUGAAGGAUGUGCGGGACUCGCAGGUAUCUUGAAGGCGUCACUUGCAGUUCAAAACAAAAUCAUCCCACCAAAUAUGUACUUCAAUGAGCUGAACCCGACAGUGAAGCCAUUUUACACUAAUCUUUGUGUGCCAACAAAUGCUGUUUCAUGGCCAGAGACGAAUGGAAUGCCUCGUCGGGCAAGUGUCAACAGUUUUGGCUUUGGUGGGACCAACGCUCACGCUAUUAUCGAAAGCUUUGAUAGCCCACCGCAACUGCCAAUGGAACCUUCACAAAAUGUCUCUUCAGAGGCAAAGCAAAAUGAAGAUGGGCUAGUAACACCAAAAUUUGUUGGACCGUUUGUGUUCUCAGGAAAGACCCGCCGCUCUUUGGUCAACUCGCUCAAGGGGAUGCUGGACUAUCUUCAUGGCAGCAAAACACUGAGCUUGGAUACCCUCAGCCAUGUUCUGCAGUCAAAAAGAACUCACUUUUCUCAUCGCAUUGCAAUUGCUGCAUCUCAAGAUCGUAAGCAGCUUAUAGAACGACUCAAAAACCAAAUCAGUAUAGAGGCAAACAUCCCGGCCGAUGGCUAUUUUGGCGUAAGAGCCUUGAAUACUGCCAAUUUAGCAGAUGGGCCCAGAAUACUCGGUAUUUUCACUGGACAGGGAGCACAAGCAGCUCAAAUGGGCUAUAAGUUGUUGAGACAUUGUGCGCUUUUCCGAGACUCAAUUCGAAAAUGUGAAGAGGCAUUGGCAGCACUGCCCGAGGCACCUGAAUGGUCACUAUACAAAGAGCUGAGUGCUCCCAAGAAUCAGUCACGCGUUGCAGAAGCACAAAUAUCGCAACCGCUUUGUACCGCCAUUCAGAUUGCCCUCAUUGACCUUCUAAAGGCGGUAGGCGUAAGUUUCGCUGCUGUCGUCGGUCACUCUUCAGGUGAGAUUGGAGCAGCAUACGCAGCUGGGAUUUUGGGGUUAAGCGACGCCAUGGGCAUUGCGUACUACCGAGGUUACGUCGCACAUAUAGCCCGGGGACCGGAUGGAAACAAGGGCGGCAUGUUGGCUGUGGCCAUGUCGUUCACCGAUGCGACUGAACUUUGCUCCGAGGAACAAUUUUCUGGAAGAGUCAAUGUCGCAGCGAGCAACGCCCCGUCUAGCGUCACCUUAUCCGGUGAUAUGGACGCAAUCAAAGAAAUCAAAGAGCAUUUGGACGGACGUCAAAUUCAGGGCCGGGAGCUCAGAGUUGAUACCGCAUAUCACUCACCGCAAAUGUUGCGCUGCUCAGAGCAGUACCUGGGAUAUCUCAAAAACCUUCAAAUCAAAGUUCAAGAUCCGACGCCAGGUUGUGUAUGGUUUUCGAGUGUACGACGGAACACAGCUAUACUCAAAGAAAAUCUUGCUGAGAGCCACCUGGAUAGCUCUUAUUGGGUUGACAAUAUGGUGCAGCCAGUUCUGUUUUCUGAAGCCGUGGAAUUCGCUGUCAAAAGCAGCUCGUCCCCAUUUAGUCUUGCUCUAGAGGUUGGGCCGCAUCCAGCUCUGAAAGGUCCAGUAAAUCAGACACUCAAGCCCUUGAAGAUUGAAUCUUUGCCAUAUACAGGUUGCUUGGAGCGUGGUGAAGGCGGCAUUGAUACUCUAUCAGCGGUCAUUGGUAUGGUUUGGAGCUAUCUAGGACAUAAUUCUGUCAAAUUCUGUGAAUGGCGUAAGGCCUUCGGCAUGAAUUCUCAGGUGCCAAUGCUGAAAGACCUGCCUGCCUACCCUUGGGAUCAUGAUCAGGUUUACUGGCACGAAUCCCGCCUCUCUCACAAUUACCGUGUAGCCAAUCAACCUCCCCAUAGUCUGCUCGGACGCCCACGGGAAGAUUUGCCCCUCGAGAAAACGUGGAGAAACAUCUUCAAUCUGAGUGAGAUGCCCUGGAUUAGAGGCCAUACAUUCCAAGGUCAGGUGCUGUUCCCAGCAGCUGGAUAUGUCACUCUUGUCACAGAGGCAGCCAAACUUUUCUUGCAAGAUCGGCCAUUGAAGCUUUUGGAAAUCCGAGAUGUGGCUAUUCCCAAGGCACUGGUCAUAGGUGAAGACAAAGGUGUCGAAAUCUUAUUCACCAUCCGCAGUAAGAUUUCUCCUAUCUCAGCACCCGAAGGUUCUGUACUGGAGGCGAAGUUCUUUGCACAUAUCUGCCCCAAUGAGAGAGUCCUCGAAAAAACCUGCAGUGGUCGCCUCCUGAUUCAUAUAGGAAAAUCUCAGCCGGAUGAUUUGCCGUCUAAGAGCCUUUCGAAGGCAGAGCUCACGCCGCUCAGCGUAGAAAGGUUUCACCGUGCUGUCUCAGCGAUAGGAUUGGGAUAUUAUGGACCUUUCCGAGCAUUGAAAUCAGUCAGUAGGUCAUGGGGACAUGCCAAAGGAACAGCUUCAUGGGCCGAGAAGGAUCUUGAGAUCGGCUGCGCUCUUCACCCUGCCCUCAUGGAUGUCGCCUUUCAGACAGGCUUAGCAACAUUUUUGUCUACCGCUGAAAGGGCAAUGGGAAGCCCGUAUCUUCCAGUCAAAAUCCAGCGCAUUAUUAUCGAUCCUAAUCAAAUAUACCACAAUGCGUCUGGGGCAACUAAUAUCGACAUCGAGGCCUCGAUGUUGAACUCUGAGAUAAGUGCCGUUGAUGUUGAUAUCGGUGUGUGCGUCGCCAUGGAAGAGGGUAAUGUCGCCUCCAUUCAGAUUGAAGGACUUACCUUGAAAGCCAUUGCGGAGGCCCAGGAAUCAGAUGACCGAAACCUUUUCGUCAGAAGCAUUUGGGAUACUGAUACUACGUAUGGCUUGACCGCCCCAUCUGUGACAGGUCUCGAUCGAAGGGUAUCAGUCCAAAUGUCCGACGUGUAUGAGCGGAUCACCCUGUUUUACAUGCAGAACUUGGUGCAGCAAGUGAAUACAGACGAUCUAAGCAACGCAAAGUGGUACCACCGUGAACUGAUUCGUUUCAUUAAAUCUACAGUGGUUGCGAUUCGUGAGGGUCGAUAUACUCCCUCCUUCAAGAAGGAGUGGUUGGAUGACAGUUACGAGACCAUUAGGGAAUUCCAAAGUCUUUAUCCUCACGACAUCGAUGUUUCUAUGUUGACUGCUGUCGGUGAGAAUUUGUCUUCCGUUGUACGAGGAAAGUCUGAGAUGAUCGAGCACAUGCUCAAGGACGGCCUCCUCAGUCGACUGUACAAAGAAAGCGGAGGACUUACUGCAUGCAAUGAGUACGUGGCUGAAAUCAUGCGUCAAAUCAGCUACAAGCAUCCUAGGAUCAAAAUCUUGGAAAUUGGAGCGGGAACCGGUGGCACAACGCUGAGCGUCUUGAAAAGUCUUGGAAGUUCAUACUCGUCCUACACUUGCACCGAUAUCUCAGCAAGUUUCUUCACUGGGCUAGCGGAGAUUCUGCCCGAGGAGCAUACGGAAAAGGUUGAUUUCAAGGUCUUUAAUGCUGAGAACCCAGCAGCAGGACAGGGCUUUACUGAGGGUGCUUAUGAUGUUAUCAUCGCAGCCAACGUACUACAUGCGACGCGGAAGCUUUCAGAGACCGUCCAAAAUGCAAGGGCAUUGCUCCGCCCUGGAGGCUACAUGAUUGUAAUUGAAGUUACUGGUAAAAUGCUUCGCGAGACUGGUCUUAUGGGAGCGUUGGAGGGCUGGUGGUUAGGCACAGGUGAAGGAAGAAUUAAUGGCCCUGGUGUUGACGCCAAGGAGUGGGAUGAUAUCUUGCAGAGAAGUGGAUUUGCAGGGAUUGAUUGCAUUUCUUAUGACCACACUGAAGUCGCGAGGCAUAGUUGCUCCGUCUUUGCUGCACAGGCAACCAACGACCAAUUUGAUCUCCUGCGGAACCCUCUUGCUUAUUUCGAUCUCAUCCCAGAAAGCCCGCUCCUGAUAGUAGGAGGGAAGACAUUGGAGGUGUCUAAAUCAGUCCAGCAGAUAAAAAAGAUCCUUCAUCGUUGGUCGUCAGAUAUUCAAGUAUGUGACUCCAUCGACGACUUGGAUCCAAACAAGAUGUUACCUGGGACCUUCGUACUGUGCCUCACAGAGCUCGACCAAGCAUUCUUCUCUGAGAAUCUCACUGCCCAGAGGCUAGAAAUUUUGCAAGAGAUGCUGUCUACUGCCAAGAACAUUCUUUGGGUUACUCGCGAAAGACUUCUCGAGGACCCUUACUCAAACAUGAUGGUUGGUAUUGGUCGCGCUUUGUCGGUAGAGCUGCCUCAUGUGAAUAUCCAUUAUCUCGACUUUGAGGAGGCGGGUUCAUGGGAUGUCAAUUUCAUUAUUUGCCAACUUCUCCGAAUGGCUUUUACUUUGUCCGAAGAGCAAAAUACUCAGAAUAUGCUCUGGGUACAAGAGCCAGAGGUCGUGAUAAGGGAUGGAAAAGCCAUGAUCCCGCGUGUUAUUCAAGAUCAUGCUGCCAAUGAAACCCUCAAUGCAAGUCGACGCCGGAUCAGUAAGGCUGUCGGACCCGAUGUGAGAAUCGAGGUUGCUUGCAGUAAUGAUUCAACGGCUACAUCGUUAGUCAAGGGUGAUGCUAUUGAGAUUCCAGAUGGCCACAUAGCCAUCGAUGUUGAAUUUUCAUUGGCGCUGCAUAGUAAAGAGGAAGCGCCCUGCUUUUUAGUGGCUGGAUGGCAAGAUUCCAAGACAACCGUGCUUGCUUUAUCCGAAACCGAUUCUUCAACAGUUGUAGUGCCAACAGAAAGCUCGUUCAAGCUUCCAACUGGGCAAGUGUGCAUUGCCGAAACUCUUUUGAGCGUGGCAUGCUCUCUAAUUGUGUCCUGUGUGCUAUCCAGACUCCCAGAACGUUGUCGACAGUAUUCGCACAAAAAAAGGGGCAAAGUGCUGUUCGUUGAGUUUAGCGCAGCCGAAGGAAAAGAACGAUCAGAGUAUUUAAUUGUACAUCCGCAUGCCAGUGUUCGAUCUAUUCGCAAAUUGAUCCCAAGUGAUGCUUUCACUCUGCUGAGCUUUUCAAAUGAAAACCUGGGAACGAUCUCGAAUUGCCUUCCCAGAUGCUGCAUCGUGCAGGAGUUCAACCCACUUCAUAUCUUGCAACAACAGCCUACGACAAUUGCCACAGCUAUUCGUGACGGCUACCACGACUAUGAAGCUCCAGUCAAGCCAGUAACGGUUAUCAGCAUCCAAAGCGCAUCCGAAGCUCUAUUUACAGAUAGAAAGCGUCUAUCAGUUGUCUUAGAUUGGAAACGAGACGGUUUAUUGAACACUUUGAUCCCACCUCUCCGAGCAAGCAGCGUAUUUUCUCCAAACAAGACCUAUUUCUUGGCCGGUAUGGCUGGCGAGCUGGGUCAGUCCCUCUGUCGGUUCAUGAUCAGAGGCGGAGCCCGCUACAUUGUUUUGGGCAGCCGAAACCCGGCCAAAGACCCGCAUUGGGUUGAAGAACUCAGAUCAGAUGGUGCUGAUAUCAGAAUCGUCAAGGUUGAUGUGACAGAUCGCGAGCAGGUAAGAGAGACAGUCGCCAUGCUACGAAAAACCAUGCCCAAGAUCGGAGGUGUUGCCAAUGCUGCUCUCGUAUUCGAAGCUGGUAUCUUUGCAAACUUCUCUGCCGACAAUGUUACAAGACAGCUCAGGCCCAAGGUAGAUGGCUCAGUCAACCUGGACCAAGAGUUCGAAAGCGACAGUCUCGAUUUCUUCUUGACAUUUGGUUCUCUAGCAACUGUAUGCGGAAACCCUGGACAGGCUAUGUAUCAUGCAGGCAACCUAUUCAUGGCAAGUUUGGUUGAGAAGAGAAGACGUCGCGGUCAGGCGGCAUCAAUUCUCAACUUUGGAUUGCUGGUGGACGUUGGCUAUGUCGCUAGAACUGAUCGUGCUGAUGGAUCAGAUAUCGAGGGAACCCUUCGAUCACUUCUCUUGACACCGCUGUCCGAGGCAGAAUUCCACCAUGUUGUGCUCCAAGGAAUCCUUUACGGCCAUCCAAGCUCUCCAAGCGGUGAGGUUAUUAUGGGAAUGGAGCCAUACAUUGACGAUGGCAAGGCGACUGCCCGGCCACCAUGGGUUGACAAGGCUUUCUUCUCUCACAUGAUACACACACCUGUGGCUUCUGAGGGCUCAAAGCCCCUAACUGCGGGAUCUUCUUCGAUGCAACAUUUCCGUGAAGAGCUCUUCCGUGCAAAGGGAAUCGAUGAAGUCACAGUUGCCGUGCAAGAGAUGUUCUUUAAGAAGAUUGAAUUGAUGAUCAUGGUCUCAAGAGCUGCUAUUGAUCUUCAAUCCCCGAUGGCAGAUCUAGGCCUUGACUCUCUCCACGCCAUUGAAAUCCGCAAUUGGCUUCUCAAGAACAUGCAGAUCCAAUUUCCGCUUCUUAGAAUCCUUGGACUAGAGUCCUUGUCCUCAAUCUGCGCUAGUGUUGCCCAAUUAUUUAUGGACGGAAGACCGAGUGAGGAUCUCCAAACCGAGCCAGUUAGCCAAACACAAUCUCUUGACGCCCAACCCACCAGCCAAACUACAGCGACUGAGCCCAAACCUCAACUUGGAAAACUCAUAGUUCAGGCCCAGAGCGAUUAUUUGGACUCUGCCUCAACAUCUCCAGACACAGCUGGUGCAACCAGCGAAUCAAUGACCUCUUCCAUCAGCUCCAUAGUAUCACCGAAUAUUCCAGACUUUGAAUUUCAGCUUCCAAGUUCGGAGAAGUCACCUCUUGCACUGGAAUACAAACGCAUUGAGCGCUUGUCAUUUGCACAAGCGGGAAUCCACUUCUUGCAUACAUUUCUUGAGGACCCAACCACAUUCAACGUUACCACCCAGUACACAAUCCGUGGACAAUUGAAUAUAAAAAGACUACUCCGAGCAAUUGAGAAAGUUCUAGCCCACCAUGAGAUCUACCAAAGCUGUUUCUUCGCCGACCCUGGAAGCCCAGAGAUCAAGCAUCACGUCGCAAGAAAUGGUGAAUUGAAACGAGUGACUCAGAUCUCCUCGACUGCAGCCGAGGCCGAGGAACAUGCCCAAAUUGUAUACGACAAGGUAGCGGGCUCUGGAUACCAAUUAGCUACAGGAGAAUCUUUCCGUGCCGUUAUUCUCUCUCACAAUGUUGACUGGCAUACCGCAGUUUUUGGCUUCCACCUACUUGCAAGUGAUGCUUUCAGCUUCAGCAUUUUUCUUCGCAAUCUUGACUGCGCGUACCAAAUGUUGCCGCUGUCACCAAAGACAGGCUCGUUUCUAGACUUCGCUGUUCAGCAGCAUGAUGCCUUAGAUUCCGGUCGGCUUGACAGCUGUAUCACUUACUGGAAGAAUCAGCUCAGUCCGCUUCCGACUGAUCUGCCUCUACUGCCGUUGACACAUGUGCAAAAUAGACGGCCUCGUCGGACGUACCGUAAUCAUGUCAUUGAGCGAGAGUUGAGCAGUGACCUGGUGCUCAGAGUUAAGGAAUCAAGCCGGAAGCUUGGUGGAACUUCGAUGCAGUUCUAUCUAGCCACCUUCCAAGUCCUACUAGCGCAGCUCACUGACUCCGAAGAUAUCUGCAUCGGCGUGACUGACAGCGGUCGUGGUGGGACUGGCGAAUUUGCCGAAGUCAUUGGUCAUUUUGCAAACAUAUUACCAAUGCGGUUCAAUACUAAGAGCGGGCAAUCUUUUUCAGAGCUUCUCAGUAAAACAUCGCGCAUAGUCUUGAAUGCAUUCGAAAAUGCACAGGUUCCCUUCGACGUGAUACUUGAAAAGCUUGGUAUCAGCCGAUCGCCCUCUAUUACGCCACUUUUCCAGGUUGCAUUCAACUAUCGUGUUGGCGACAUAUUGCAAAGACCUCUUGGAGACUGUAGUAUGGUAAUGGAAAGAUAUACAGAUGUCAAGACGCCAUACGACCUGACUAUCAACGUCACCCAAACGGCGGCAGGGGGCAACAUGCUUGAGUGUAUCACAGCUGACAGUCUGUAUUCACUUGAGGCCACUGAUAUGAUCAUGGAGACAUUUUCAGGGUUACUUGAGUCAUUGACCGAAGAUCAAUCGGUUAAGAUUGAAGACUGCAAACUUUUCAAGUCAACUCAAUUGGAAAGUGGUAUGAUACUUGGGAGAGGAGCUGCCGUGGAUCACACUUGGCCUAAGACAUUGUCUGAGAGAUUUCAACAAGUCCUUUCUGCAUUCCCGGACUCGGUAGCGAUCAAGGACUCUGACGAAUGUUUGACUUAUGAUCAGUUUUCUCGGCGAGUCGGACUCUACGCUGCCACGUUAAUUGAGGCAGGCAUUAAACAGGGAUCUCGAGUGGCAGUUCUUUGUGAGCCAAGUGUUGACAUGUAUUCCAUGAUGCUUGCCAACCUUCAUACCGGAGCUGUCCAUAUUCCAUUAGACAUCAGUUUGCCAGCUGCGCGACGACAGGCCAUGAUCGAUGCCUGCCAACCGAAUGCACUAGUGUUCCACACUGCUACAGAAAAGGCUGCAAAUGAGCACUGCAAUGAAGCACGGUUCCUUACGCUGAACUUGUCAACUUUGAGUCAAUCUCAAGAUAGUGUCCUUGUUCCAGAAUACGAGCUCAUAACGGCCAAAGAAGAAAGCUUCAUUUUAUUCACCAGUGGAUCCACUGGCACACCCAAGGGGAUCAGACUUGACCAAGAAGGAAUUAUGAACUAUGCUGCAUCCAAGCAAGCCCAUCUCAACCUAGGACAAGUCAAGGUCUUGCAGCAAUCAUCUGCAGGAUUUGACAUGGCUAUAGCUCAGGCAUUCAACGCCUUUGCCAAUGGUGGCACUCUCGUAGUCGUUCCGUUACAGGCUCGUGGCGACCCUAGCAUAAUUUCUGAAAUAAUGCUGAGAGAAAAGAUCGAUCUCACUUUAGCUACGCCUUCAGAGUAUCAAAUGCUUGCAACCUUCGCCGCGGAUACAUUACGAAAGUGUACUAGCUGGCGUCAUGUAUGUUCUGGAGGGGAAGCGGUGACAGAAGUGCUCCUGGACAAAAUGAGACGAUUGGAUCUUCCAGAUCUCAUGGUGACAGACUGUUAUGGUCCAACCGAGAUCUCUUGCGCAACGACAUUUCAGAGCACGUCGCUUCUGGCUGUCAGUGAUGAAUCCGGGGCUUUGAAGUCGGUUGGCAAGGCUAUUCCAAACACCUUCAUUUACAUAAUGAGCGAGAAAGACAACACUGUGCUUCCUGUUGGCAUGCCAGGAGAGAUCUGCGUUGGGGGUGCUGGUGUUGCACGUGGCUAUCUUGAUGCAGAUCUAAGCCGGGAGAAGUUUGUCAAAAAUCCGUUCGCGACAGCGGAAGAUCUAGCGAGCGGAUGGAAUUUGAUGUACAAGACCGGUGACAAAGGUAUUCUUCAAAAAGAUGGAUCUCUCAUAUUCCUUGGUCGGACAGAUGGAGGUGGAGCGGUUAUCAAGCUGCGUGGUCUUCGUAUUGAUCUCACCGAAGUGUCUGGCGCCGUUCUGAAGGCAGCCCCAGAAGACUUAUUGGCCGAUGCAGCAGUCACAGUGCGCGGCGAACCGCAAUAUUUGGUAUGCCACGUGGUGAUGACACAAGGGAAGCAUCUGGAGCAAGCUGAGUUGAACGCUCUUCUCCCAAAGGUUGAACUGCCUCGCUACAUGAUACCUUCUACGAUCGUGCCAUUAGAGCGUUUACCAACGACGGCAAACGGAAAGCUCGACCGAGCCUCUUUGCAGAUGCUUCCACUUCCUACAUCAGCAGACGAUGGCAACGCCCAUGGCAGCAGAGCCCUUACUGUACCUGAAGGAGAACUCAGAGUCAUCUGGCUAAAGGUUCUUGGAGAGGCUGCAAGCUCGACGAGUAUUGGCCCAGACUCCGACUUUUUCACUGUAGGAGGAAGCUCUCUUCUUCUGGUUCACCUGCAAAAUGCGCUUAGGGAGCAGAUCGGCGUGGCACUAACCCUUCAGGAGCUGUACCAGUCCACGACGUUGAAGGGUAUGGCGAGUGCAAUGCACAAGGAGCGAGGCCAAUUAUCCGAAGACAUGAUUGACUGGGAUGUUGAGACGUCAAUUCCAAACUGGGUUCAAGAUGCCUUCGAAGACUCAUCCAGCUAUCCAGUGGCGCAGCAGCAACGUCAGGUCCUUCUUACUGGAGCAACAACGUUCCUUGGCGGAGAAAUUCUUCGCCAAUUGAUUAACUGUGACGAUGUCUCGAGAAUCCAUUGCAUAGGAGUGUUGAAUGAUGAGCGGAAGAAGCUUCCACUGGAAGACAAGGGCAAGAUAGUUGUGUAUGCCGGCAGCAUAUUAAGCCCCACUCUCGGUCUUUCGAGCACAGAGAUCGCAUUCCUUCAAGCAAACAUAACUCAGAUAGUACAUGCUACUGUCCAGGGCCAUUGUAUGAACAAUUUUUCAACGGUUAAGCAAGCACUCUAUGUCUCGACACAGUCUCUGGUCGGCCUGAUUGCGUCCAGAAGACGCAUUCCCUUCCAUCUCAUCUCAGCUCCACGGGUGAUUCUCCUUUCAGGCAAAACCGAAGGUCUACCUGUUUCAAUGAGUGCUCACUACCCUCCAGUCAAUGGUUCCCAGGGUGUCACGGCAUCAAAGUGGGCGAGCGAGCGCUUCUUGGAAAAUAUCAGUCAGGACCUAGGCCUUCCAGUUACGAUCCAUCGUCAUUGUGCAUUAAUUGGCGAGCGGGCACCAGCCGACGACGUGAUGAAUUCAGUAGUGAGAUUCUCAAUCCUGACUCGAAAGGUACCAAGUAUCUCAUCAGCAGAAGGGUUCUUUGACUUCAAAGAUGUCGUUGAGGUGGCAUCUGAAAUCGUAGCGCAACAACCAGCUAUAGCCGAUUGUGUCACUUAUGUUCAUCACAGUAGUGGCAUCCGUGUCCCAUUCAACCAAUUUGCACAGCGCCUGCAAGAACUGCAUGGAGGGGAAUUCGAACUUGUUGCCCCAGCAAAGUGGCUGAAUACUUCGGCGACAUGUGGGAUGCCAGAGUUGCUCCAGAUCCAUUUGCUAGCCAAUAUGGAGAGUGGUCAACCUAUGUUGCUUCCAUAUCUAGGCUCGGAAUAG